AUGGUAGUGCACAAUGCGGUCGUAUUCGGUUUCUGGCUGGCGUUGUUCGCGGGGUGUUCGAAAGCCCAAUCGGAUCCGUGUGCGGUCAUCGGUGGACGUGAAUGGGUUUCUCCUCAGGAAGUACGGGCCUGCUUUACGUCGUUUCCUGUGAAUGAGACUAUCAAGAGCAAUAUACUAGAGGUCGUAAAUAAAACCAUGGCAUUUCACACGUCUGUGAACUAUCAAAUCUCUGCACCGGAACCGUUCACCCAGGACGUUCAUGAAAACCUUAUGGUCGACUUCGCUCGCAUUGAGGCAACUAGUUACCCAUCCGACUUUGACCUGCAUAUUGAUUUGUCACGGACCUUCAAGCGGCUGGAUGAUGGACAUUGUGUCUAUGUUAGCAAUUGUUACGACUCACUAUUCUUAACGUUCGUGCCGACGCCAUUAGCGCUGUUGACUGACUCAGCUGGCAAUCAAAACGUGCAUAUCGCACCUGAGGCCUUCAACGUCUCAUCUGCUGCCUUCGGCAGUGAGAUACACACUUGGGAAGAAGCACUGCCCGAAGGUGUUACCUUGGAAUCUCUCUCAGGCGCAAAAGUUCUGAAGAUCAACGGUCAAGACCCUUUUGUCGCUGUCAAUGCGAAUGCACAAAUUACGGGCAGCUUCCAAGGAUUUGGAACUAGACAGAACAGCUUCUUCUCAAGUUACCAGCGCUCAUCGACUUCAUGGGUAUAUGUGUUCGGAAACUUCGCUCAGCAAUCGCUGCCUGUCGUGGAUCAAGUAAUCAUGGAAGUUCAACGUGUCAACAGUACCACGGCAGAGACCAUUACGCUUCCCUACCGAUCACAGUUCGGCACAGUUGGACAAAACUUCACCGACAGUGCUUCCUAUCGCGCGCUCAACUGCGUUGCUACGAAUACCACGAAUGGCGUUGAUGUAUACGCGGAUUCAGUCUCUUCAUCCGCUGCUUUCAGCCCGGAUGUCCGUAAACAUCCCGUCAGCGUGAGCCUCGACGACAAACCCAUCGCAGACGCCACGCUCCCACCGGGUUUGAUACCUCCGGGUACACCGCUAAACGGUAGCAGUUCUGUAGCCCAGUUUUACAUGUUGUCGGACAAUGUCACUGGGGCGUUCGCGCUUGGGAGUUUCUCGGACACCUCCCUUACGCCGUUCAUGCAGAAUAUGCUCACCGGUCUGCAGACACUGAAGAACGCUGGUGCCACUCAACUUAUUGUAGACGUCACAAACAACGGCGGAGGUUUUAUUUGUGCUGCACAUUGGUUACAUCGAAUUAUUGUCGGACCGAAGGAUACCUCCGUUCCUUCUGCUGGAUUGCCUGCCACGGAAACGAGAGCCCAGCCCAUUGCCAGACUAAUUGUAGACGCCAUUUCCGCCGGUGCAGACCCAGAUGAUCUCCUCAUGUACAAUCCUUUGAACUGGAACUUCGCAAACGGGACUGCAAUGCCCGCAGAGACGAAUUGGUUAGAUCCGCCAGUUGACGUGAUCGUGAACAAUCACUCGGACGCGUUCAGCCAAAGAUUAGGGCAGGAAUGCCAACCUUUUGAGAUUACUCCUCCGGAUGAGGCUCUCUUUGAUCCCACCAGGGUAGCUAUCGUAUCCAAUGGGCGAUGUGCCAGUUCUUGCUCUCUUUUCAGCAUAACGAUGGCUAAAGAAGAAGGCGCGAAGACCGUUGUUGUUGGCGGGAAAGAAGACGUGCAGCAACAGUAUUGUGGCACCGUCGGUGGACAGUCUUCCGACUUUUCCACGAUGGAUACGGAAAGCGUAAAGCUCAAGGACAACCCGUUGGCGCCACCUGACUUCAUGACCAAUAGUGUCCAAGGUCUCACCUGGAGGCUCGGAUUUGGUAUCGACGACACAACACAGCCCGAAGAAUGGCAAGACCAUCCCGCAGACUUCAACCUUCCGUUGACGGCGAGCACAGUCAACAACCCGAACGCCAUUUGGGAGGCGGUCGUCAAAGUUGCCUUUGUUUAA